AUGAAUGCUUUACUAGACCAUUUGGUGAACAACAAUCGAUGGUUACGUUUGUCUAGUGUUCGAUCAUUUGGCUUUCUUGGUGAAGCUAUCAUCGGCUCAGAUGUGGCUACCAUGAACAAACUUUUAGGUCAGAAUAAAAUCAAAUUAUAUAAUCUUUAUGGUCCAGCAGAAUGUACACUCGGCUGCAUCUAUCAUUCUGUGAGCACUGAAGACAUUCAAAAUGGCAUGAUUCCUAUCGGUGUUCUAUUUCCUGGCAUGCAGGCACAAAUUCUUGAUCAAUAUUUUCAACCAGUUCUAGUUGGUCAAGUAGGUGAACUGUUUUUAGAUGGUGUACAACGUUUUCCUGGCUACUACGAACGACAUGAUCUCACUGAACAAUCUCAUUAUGGAUCAUUC